AUGGUAUUCACUGCUCUCUGUGUGUUGGUGGACAGCGUGCAUACUGAAGGUUACGGAUGGGGUGCCAGUCAAGUAGACUCUUUUAACCUGGAUGUUAUUGAACUUCAAAUGUUGGACCUGCAUCCAUCCAGACAGUGUGGGCUGCGAGCCCUGGAGCAUCGCGGGGAAUCCCAAGUCCCGGAGCUGCAUGAGGGAAGUGGAUCCCGUGAUUUCCUCAUCCUGCCUGGAUACAUUGAUUUUACCUCUGAUGAGGUGGAUCUCACUUCAGCGCUUACAAAGAAGAUCACUUUAAAGACCCCACUGGUCUCCUCUCCAAUGGACACAGUAACUGAAUCUAAUAUGGCUAUUGCAAUGGCGCUGAUGGGAGGAAUUGGGUUCAUCCACCACAACUGUACCCCGGAGUUCCAGGCAAACGAAGUCCGCAAAGUGAAGAAAUAUGAGCAGGGAUUCAUCAUUGACCCAGUUGUCAUGAGCCCCUCGGAUAAGGUGUGGGACGUGUUUGAAGCCAAAGCUCGCCAUGGAUUCUGUGGAAUUCCCAUCACGGACACUGGAAAACUGGGUGGGAGGCUGGUGGGAAUUAUCUCCUCUCGUGACAUUGACUUUUUGACAGAAAAAGAGCAUGACUUUUCCCUGGCUGAGGUCAUGACAAAGAGGGAGGAUCUGGUGGUUGCCCCGGCUGCUGUCACUUUGAAAAGAGCAAACGAGAUCCUGCAGCGGAGUAAGAAAGGGAAGCUGCCCAUCGUUAAUGAUAAUGACGAGUUGGUGGCUCUCAUUGCCCGAACUGACCUGAAGAAGAAUCGUGAUUAUCCACUGGCAUCGAAAGACUGCAAGAAGCAGCUGCUGUGUGGAGCUGCAAUCGGUACUCAUGCAGAUGACAAGUACCGGCUGGAUCUCUUGGUGCAGGCUGGUGUGGAUGCCGUGGUCCUGGAUUCCUCCCAAGGGAAUUCCAUCUUCCAAAUUGAGAUGAUUAAACACAUCAAGGAGAAGUAUCCAGACCUGCAAGUUAUUGGUGGAAAUGUUGUGACUGCAGCACAGACCAAGAAUCUGAUUGAUGCUGGAGUGGAUGCCCUGAGAGUCGGAAUGGGAAGUGGUUCCAUCUGUAUCACACAGGAAGUGCUGGCUGUGGGGAGACCUCAGGCCACCGCGGUUUACAAGGUUGCAGAGUACGCCAGGAGAUUCUCAGUGCCAGUAAUCGCGGAUGGUGGGAUUCAGACUGUUGGCCAUAUUGCAAAGGCUUUGGCAUUGGGAGCAUCGACAGUGAUGAUGGGAUCACUGCUGGCUGCCACUAAUGAAACUCCUGGCGAGUAUUUCUUCACUGAUGGAGUGAGGCUAAAGAAGUAUCGAGGAAUGGGCUCCUUGGAUGCGAUGGAUAAGCACCUGGGCAGCCAAAGCCGCUACUUCAGCGAGUCAGAUAAGAUCAAAGUGGCUCAGGGUGUGUCUGGUGCCGUCCAGGACAAGGGAUCCAUCCACAAGUUUGUUCCAUACCUGAUUGCUGGGAUCCAACAUGGCUGCCAGGAUAUUGGAGCCAAGAGCCUAACACAGCUCAGAGCCAUGAUGUACUCUGGGGAUCUGAAGUUUGAAAAGCGAACGUUGUGCGCUCAGCUGGAAGGUGGUGUCCAUGGGCUACACUCGUAAGUAUUGUCCCUCUCCUCCCUCUCAUUGUGGAGUUUG